ACUUAUACCGAAGUUGUGCUGUGGUUUCACAGUGCAGUGACAGUCAGGUAUAAUUUAUGUGACGGUCACUACACUUUAAGCAUUAAGCUGUAUCGACUUAUAAAUGUCCUGAACGUCAGCACUGUGAAAGACUGAGGUGGGAAUAUGAGGACAGGUACUCAUCAUGUACCCGGGAGGUUACGAUCCAUCCAGCAGGUCCAACACGAACACGACAGACGGGGAAACAAAGGCGAAACAUGUUUUAAGACGUUUAUUUUACGGAUCUGUGAUCUAUUUCUGCCGGUUAUAGUAAUGAAGCUGAAGAGAGACUUCACAGUGAUUUCAGCGCUUCACCGCUGCUGGAUCUGCAUCAACUUGGCUCUGGCUGAGGACUGGACUCGCGUCCACAGCGAGGACGAACUCUUCAGGAGCUUGUUCCGCCCCUACAGCAAGUGGACGCGUCCGGCGCGGAACAUCACCGACGUGGUCAUCGUCAAGUUCGGCCUGUCCAUCGCACAGCUGAUAGACGUGGACGAGAAAAAUCAGAUGAUGACGACCAACGUGUGGCUGAAACAGGAAUGGACGGACUAUAAGCUGCAGUGGAGCCCGUCCGACUUCGACAACGUGACGUCCAUCAGAGUCCCUUCUGAGCUGCUCUGGGUGCCGGACAUCGUGCUUUACAACAACGCCGACGGAGAGUUCGCCGUCACCCACAUGACCAAGGCCCAUGUCUUCCACACGGGUCGUGUCCGCUGGGUUCCCCCGGCCAUCUACAAGUCCUCCUGCUCCAUCGACGUCACCUUCUUCCCUUUCGACCAGCAGAGCUGCAAGAUGAAGUUCGGCUCCUGGACGUACGACCGCGCCAAGAUUGACCUGGAGCCCUUCGAGGACACCGUGGACCUCAAGGAUUACUGGGAGAGCGGAGAAUGGGCGAUUGUGAACGCCGUGGGAACCUACAACACCAAGAAGUACGACUGCUGCCACGAGAUCUACCCCGACAUCACCUACUACUUCGUCAUCCGCCGCCUCCCGCUGUUCUACACCAUCAACCUCAUCAUCCCCUGCCUCCUCAUCUCCUUCCUCACCGUGCUGGUCUUCUACCUGCCGUCGGACUGCGGCGAGAAGAUCACGCUGUGCAUCUCCGUGCUGCUGUCCCUCACCGUCUUCCUGCUGCUCAUCACGGAGAUCAUCCCGUCCACCUCGCUGGUCAUCCCGCUCAUCGGGGAGUAUCUGCUCUUCACCAUGAUCUUCGUCACGCUGUCCAUCGUCAUCACCGUGUUCGCGCUGAAUGUGCACCACCGCUCGUCGGAGACCCACGCCAUGCCCCGAUGGGUCCGCGGGCUUUUCCUGUCGGCGGUUCCCCGCUGGCUGUGCAUGAAGCGUCCAGAACACGGCGUGAGGCCGGCAAGGCGACUUCACCUGACUGAUAGACUCCUCCCCCUCCGGACCUCGGGCCCCGCCCACAGCUCGGCCGCCUGGGUCACCCAGGAGUCUGACGUAGAUCUCCGUGGUUACCAGAAGGAGGGCGACGGUUGCCGCGGCAGCGGGGACGAAAAGCACUACUGCCGUCUCCACGGUUACUCGGACGCAGCUCACCUGGGGCGGUUUGGGCCGAGGAUUCCCCCCCUCUCUCCUCCUCUGGGUCACAUGCUCCUCCCGCGGAGAAACCCCCCACUCGGCUCGGACUGGGACGCCCUCCGCGUGGAACGUGGCUCGGCCUGGAGCCCGGCGGCCUGCGCCCUGUCCCCUGCCGUGGUGUCGGCCCUGGAGGGGGUGACCUACAUCGCCGAGCAUCUCCGAGCCGAGGACGCAGACCUCUCAGUGAAGGAGGACUGGAAGUACGUGGCCAUGGUUGUGGACCGGAUCUUCCUGUGGAUGUUUGUUAUCGUGUGUCUCCUGGGGACCGUCGGACUCUUCCUGCCUCCGUGGCUCUCGGGGAUGUUUUAGAAGCAGAUUGAAAAUCAGAAAGGAUUAUUAACCUAAUUAAAUUGAUGUAGAACCAGAUCAAUCAAUCACAAACGUUUCAAAUGAUUUCAGAAUGAAUGAAUCUGUAUUUUUACCUGAGAUAUUACUCAAAUGACGGUCUACAUUUUUGUUAUAGCUAUAAAAAUGUCUUCCUGCAAACAAGUGGAAGACAGCAGGUACGUGUGUUCUUUUCUAUACUGAAAAUAUCUUUGGAUUUCAGGAAAAUGUAGUUCUUCCCAAUCUUACUUGGCCUGUUAUGACAUUGGAAGGCUAAAAGGACGAUGCCGUAGUCAAUUAGCCCAAAUUAACUCAAAUAUAAUGUGAAAACUCACAAAUAGUGAGUUGAUGACUGAAAAAGAAGAACUGUGAUGUAAUUGAUUUUUGUGUUACUAAAGCAAGGUGAGAGGUUUUUAAUGUCGCCUAUAAACUGACAAAAAUGUUGUCAUUUGUUUGUUAUGCAUUUUGGAGAAAAAUCCAUGUCCUGAUUUCUUUUCAGCCGCAAGGUGAAGUAGGACACUUGGACACAAUCACUACGAAGACCCUGAUGGGCUUAUGACACUGCAUGAAAGUAGCUGUUUACCAUAUUAUACUUUAGAAUAUGCAAUGGGAUAUUAACAGCUCAAUGUAACGUAUUUUCCUGAACAUGUUAAAUUGUGUAUUUCAUUGCUUUGAUUCAUUUAUUAGUGUGUAACAACUAUGUAUAGUGAAAAGGGAAGCAGCCAAUAAAAGAGCCCGAGACACGA